CAACGAAUAUCAUUAAAAACUAGGUUAAAAAUACCGAAUCCAAAACAAAAUAUGACAGAAUUUGGAACGGGAGAUUUUUUGGAUCAUUAUCGUUUUAUAUCGAAUAAAUUAAAAAAGCGAUUUCUACGUAAACCAAAUGUAACCGAAGCUUGUGAGGAAUUUUCUUCACUUGGACAGAAAUGUGAAUCGUUAAAUUUACAACCACAGGCUGGUCUGUGUUGGUUAGCAUCCGCACGAUGUGAAGGCUCCUUAAAUAAUGUUCCAGGUGAAGCUGGCUGUUUAUUACGUGCAGGAAGGCAGUUUCUUUCAGCUGAAAAUAAGCUUAAGGAGUUGGGUUGUGUAAAUUUGGGACGAGAACAUUUACAGGCAGCAAUAAGUUGCUACAGUCAUUCAUGUUCACGAUACUCUGAUCAAUCUCCAUUACCAACGGGCUUAUGGCUAGAAUUGGGUGCAGCCAUGGAAAAUAAUAUUUCUGUAGCAUGUGCCGAACAAUUAUAUACACAAGCCGCAACAACUGGUCCCUUAAUAAAUGAUACCCGUAUACGAAUCGCUUGUCUUCAACGUGUAACAACUUGUAAAAUCAAACAAGGUGAUUUUACUGGAGCGUUAUCAGUGCUAUCAGAUAUAGCGGUUCUUUUAGAGACGGUUGCACCACCGUUAGUUGAAUUGUACACGGAUAUCCGUUACGAUUGUGAAAUAUUACGUAUAUUAUUGUUGUUGAUUUUAAAACCAACACCUCAACGGGUUGCACCAACGUUAGCGAAACUUCUGGAAAAAUAUACAUGGGGCAAUUGUAAUGAUAAAAGUAUUGAGGAAAUUGGAAUUGGUGAAGAACUAUUUAUUUUAUUACAAUCGCUGGUGAUGGCCUGUCAAGCAUCUGAUACACAAGCGUUACCGUUACUUGAAGCCGAUUUACGUCCAUAUUUAAAUAUUGAACAGCAAAGUUUACUUCGUACAUUAGUCAAAAUGAAUUGUUAAAUUUUAUUUUAAUUUUAAAAUGGCAAUUAAAAAUUACAAUUUUCUAUUUUCUUUGUGAUAAUUUUAUUAAUGACACUUAUUUUUUGUACUUAUAGCUCUUAAUUAAAUGAAAAUAUUAAAGAAAA